AUGAUGAUGAUGAUGAUGACGAUGAUGACGAAAACGACGAUAUAUUUGUAGAUGCCUCGGGGUAUAGUCAAGAUGACAUGGAACGUGAACGUUUUGAUGCACGUUUGUCGAAACGACUUAGUGGAGGUCAUUAUGGAAGUGCAGGUGGAUUAUUACUCAGUAUUGAAGCUGCUCAACGACGAUCAAGACAACAACAAAAGCAUCGACAAUCAAAUGGAAUCUCCAUAACAGCAUCAUCGCCACCGACAGUCCAACAUACGUCGUUAGUUAAUGAUGAAUUGAUACCACCGGUAUUGAAGAAGGAUACUAUGACAACAACAACUAGUACCGAAGCAGCUGAUAAUGAAAAUGAUAACAAUCAAGCUCUCUCCAAGGAAGACAAAGAAAGAAUGCGACAAAAAUCUGCUGCUACUUUGACUGGUGAUGGCAAUAAAAUCAAUAAAGCCGAUCUGACCUCAAUACUUCUUGAUCAACAAAAAAGUACUUUAGCACAAAGAACGACGGCACAAAACAACAUUAAUAUCAGUAACGAUAACACUAGUACCAGCAAAAUAAGUAGUGAUCAUUUGUUUGAUGACUCUCCUCUUACUAUCUCAAGCUUUUGGAACGAAAACCCAAAUCUGGUAUUGAACGGCUUUGGACCUGGCCCUUUUUCAACAAGUACAUCUACACAAUCAACCAAAUCUUAUGAAUCCUCCUCUGCUCAAGUCUCUGAUAGCAAGGAAGCAAAGGAAAUGGCCGAAAUGCUCUGGAACGAGGAUGAAACUAUAGUCACCAAAAACCACAUGGCUGAAUGGCUAGGAACAAGAAAACCCUUGAAUUCCCGCGUACUGGUAUAUUAUAUGAACCAUUUUGAAUUCUCUACCUUGCGAUUGGAUAGUGCUUUCAGAAAACUUUGUGGAAAACUUUAUUUCAAGGCUGAAGCUCAACAAAUUGAUCGUAUACUUGAUGUGUUCGCAAAACGAUAUUGGAAAUGUAAUCCUCAAAGUGUUUUUGGUAGCGCAGAUGUGGUUUAUGCAGUUGUGUACUCUUUACUGCUUUUGAAUACUGAUCUUCAUGUGGCUCAAGGAAAUUAUGCACGUAUGACCAAACAAGCUUUUGUGAAGAAUACUAUGUCAACCAUUUAUGAUCAAUCUUCUGUCAAAAUCACUAAAGUUUGGGAAAUCAAUAUGGAGUCCUAUUUGAAGGAUUUAUACAAUUCUGUUAAACAAAAUCAAAUUUUACAACCAAUGUCUGAUAAAAGUAAUGACGUCGAAUCUGUUACUCUGGAGAAAAGGUCUAGUAUUAUUGGUGGUCGUCGUGUUUUGGAAAUGAAGAAGAAUAUGGGUGCCAUUAUCCGGAAAUCAAUGCUUGAACCCAGUAUUGUGUUGGAAGAAUCUGAUCCUAUUAUUAGUCCUGUCAGAUCACCAUCAUCACCUUUAUCCUCUUCUCAACAACGGAAACGGGAUUCGAUAUCAUCAAUAGGAUCUGGUGCAUCAUCUUUACGCAAUCCAACAUCUCUUUUAUCACCUUCUCCUCACUCACCAGCUGCAUCAUCAUAUACGAGCUCUCAUGGUUCAGUGUUUAUUAAUAAAGCUCCUUACUUGAAAGAAGGUGUUGUAGUACGGAAACAUUUACUGGAAAAUGCAACACAAAAAGCCAAACAUCGAGACUGGCGUGAAUGUUUAUUAGUGGUAGGUGAUGGUGAACUGAAAAUGUAUACAACUCAAGGUGGUUAUCAACAAACAAACAACAAGGUAUCAUCAUCUUCUGAUACAGAUCGACGAAGCGUUUUACGAUCUAGUGGUAUUGGGUUUGGCGCAAUGACGGAAUCUUUCGUAUCAAAAUCGGGACCAGGUAGUGUUUAUGAAAGCAAUGGAAAUAAAUGGGGGGCAUUUUCUCAAUUGGUUGGUACUAUUUCUCUCAGUCAUUCACUCGCUAAUGUACUACCACCUCCUGGAUAUAAUCGGCAACGACCUUUUGUAUUUGCCAUUCAACAAUCGCAUGGUGGGGUUUAUUUGUUUCAAGCUGGAUCACAAACGCAAGUCAAUGAAUGGGCUACAACCUGCAAUUAUUGGGCGGCAAGACAAAGCAAAGAACCAUUACCAGGUGGUGUUAGCAAUAUGGAAUAUGGAUGGGGUAACUGCUUGCACGACGUGAUACUUAAUUUGGAUGAAGAUGAUCUACACGGACAAGAACAACCUAUUGGAGUGUUUCAACAACAACAACAACAACAACAACAGCAUCAACAGCAUCAACAUCAACAACAUCAGCAGCAAUUAUCACCUGAUAUUAUGAUAUAUGAAUGGCGACCUCCUGCUCCACCAAUGGUAUCUAGUAGUCUCAAUGAAAAGGAACAAUAUGAAGCUUUACAAAAACAUUUAAGCAUGCUUAAUGUUGAUAUCAAUGAACAUCGCGAUAUCAAAAAGAAGAUGAUGGUCAAGUUUCCAAGCAAACAUCCUCAAUAUACCAAGGUGAUGUCUAACUGGGAAUCCAAGUCAAAGUAUCUUUUACACGAAAUUAUCAAGUAUCAAAAUUACUGUGAUGUUUUGGAGAAAAGUCUGUCUCACCAAGAUCAUGAUAUGUAG